UCGCUUUCUGCGAUGUAAUCACCUCUCAUUCUUAUUUCUCUUAUUAUCUCUUCUCUCUCUAUUCAUAUCAUAUCUGGUGGCCGACUAAUCCCAUCCUUCCCCCAUCUCAAGCACACGCAAUGGACCUCCAAAGCUCAGAAUUCAGGCUCACACCAGCCCAACGCAUGUUCUACCUACACGACAUCCUCGGGCAAAUCAUCGACCACCUCACCGACCGCACCUCCCUCCACGCCCUCACCCUCACUCACUCGACCUGCUACUUCCUCGCUGCACGGCACCUAUGGGCAAAACUGGACAGCCUCCGCCCCUUGAUCGCCUUACUCCCGACGGACAAGCUUCCGAGUAGCUUGCACAUCUUCUCGAGACUGCAGCUUACCGGUGCGGAGGACGAUACCCUCUCUCGAUGGCGACUGUAUUCCCCUUUCGUCAGCUCUGUAUCGCUCGACUUCUGCCUCCUGGGAAAACGGGCCCCUCUGCGACAUUUUUGGCAGUAUCACACCGUCGCUUCAGAACGCCUCGAUCAGUUGAAUAGGGACGUCAUGCACUCCCUCGAACCGUUCGCGACACCGGAAGGGAUCAUUCUACCAAACCUGCGGGAAGUAGUCAUGAAGAGCUACACACCAACAGGAUGCGAGGCAGCCAAGAUCCUCUCCCCUUGCCUCGACCGGUUGUGCAUCACCCUACCCGGAAAGGGCUCAGAGGGCAUAGAGGAGUCAUCAGAGCAGAGUGUCUUCACCCUCCCUCCGCACUUCCCCCAUCUCCGAUCACUCGUCAUCGACGGGAGUGAAGGCACGCUCCCAGGGCGCAAAGCAGUUAUCCAAGCUCUCCAAGAUCUUCCCCUCACCUCCUUCAAGAUAAAGUGCAACCUUGCGCGAAGUGCAGACCUCCUGCUCGCACUCUCCACCCUCCCUCUGCAGGAACUCGAGAUAGACGACACGUCCCAGCGCUGGCCUACUCUUUUCGUCAAUGACGAAAGGUGGGGGGACAUGUACGAUUCUCCUCUGGCGGAUUUCCUCGGUGCGGAGCAAGUGACGGAGCUGCAUAAACAGCACAAGCUCAAAUUUCCCCACUUGACGGAGCUUACCGUCGCUUCAACACUCCCGUUUUGCUGCGCGAUGAUCCGCGCUCUAGGGGCCAACCUCACCAGGCUCAAAGUCCAGACCAUCCUCCCACGGUCUGAAGACCUCCAAACCCUCACCGAGGCCAUCUCCUCCCACGCUCUGAAACUCCACCACCUCUCCCUCAUACUACGCGACGCCGACUCGCUCACCUCCGCCUGCUGGCCCGCGAUCUACACGCUCUCGAAGUUGGAUAUGCAUACUUUCCAGCUCGAGUGCCGGUACGGGCAUGUGAGCGACGCGUUCCAGGUGAGUGAGGAACGGUUAGCGCUUUUGGUGAGCGGUUGGAACGGGGUGCGGGAGGUGAAGGUGGGAACGGUGAGGAGGGACGGGUGGGGGUUGUACCCUCUGCAGAGCGUUUCGCUGGAAUUCUGAUUUUCUGAAAUUUGAGGUCUGUGAUACUCAGGUAAAUACUCUUGCAUUCCUUCUAUUCUGCCUUCCUACCUUUUCGCCUUUCGCAAUCACAUCACGUUACAUCCAAGCAUGCAUCGCGUUUCUUCUUUCAUUAUCCAUAAUUUAUCAUUUAGGCAUAUGCAUAGUUUUGUUUAUGGAUAUAGCGUGCUAGUACCCC